AUGGUAAAAGAGAACAAAAAUACUCCGAAUGUUCUGCAGUGGAUAACAUACGGCGCCACUGCAUCAGCUGUCCUGUACGGGAUAUACAAAUACAUAAUGCACGACAAAAUAACGCCUGAGCGCUUGAAGGAAGAGGGAAAUGCACACUUUCUUUCAAAAGACUAUGCGGGAGCGCUGAAGAAAUACACUGAUGCUCUGGAGCUGAUUGAGAGACUGGAAAACAGCGGAGGACUAGGAAAAAACAGCGAAUAUAAAGUAAAAAUAAUCAACAACAUAGCACAGGUUCAUUUUGUGAUGAAAAACUACAAAUUGGCGCAGGAAUUCACAGAGGCUGCGCUGAGCCUCAGCCCCACACACUAUAACAGCUUUAAAAGGCUGGCAAAGCUGGAAGAAAUAAACGAAGGAUACGGCGAUGUUAAAGGCCUGGCUGUAGUGACUGCCUAUCUAAUAUUAGAGAAACACUGCAGAAAAGAAAAAGAAACAGAUGAAAAACCCAAACAAACCGAUGAGAAGGCAAUAUCUGAGUGCAAAGACAGCAUGCAGGAGAUAAAAGUGCUAAGCAAUAAGAACGACGCCGAGACAUUCACACCAAGUAAAUGGGACGAUGUGCUGAGCAAAAAAAUAGAACAGCUUUCGAACUCUAAAUCAUCGCAGAUCAAAGAAGAUGGGAGCUACAGCGUGUCUUUUGUGAAACUAGAAGAAGUGCUGAGCAUUUUUAAGCAGGCCAUACAAGACCCCUGCUUUGGAGAGCUUGUAGAGUCUGAUAAAAAUAUCAUUAAAUGGGUGAACACAAGAAACUACACUGCGCUUGUUGACUAUCUAAACAGAGAGCACCCAUCAAGAUACACAGCAAGAGCCAUGUUUAUCGCAGGGAACAUAAGAUACAUACAGAACCGCAUCCCUGAAGCUAUUUCUCUUUUUGAGCACACCUCCACAGUGUACAGCGAUGUUCUAGCCAUAUACAUAAGAAAACUGAAGAACAUUGGCACGGAAAUAGACGAAGAAAAAGCCCUGAAAAUAAUGAACGUAAAAGACCCCAUUAUCAGGAUGUAUCUUGCACAGAUGCACCUGGCAAGCAACAACAUGGGGCACUAUCUAGCGAGUUUAAUCGAUCUGGAAGCUGAAGGAUCCAUUUCUCUUCCAUUCAUAGCAAAUAUAAAGUCGCAGUACAUGCUGCACGAGUACAAGGAGGCCCUGAGCACUCUUAAAAAGGCGCUGGGUUUAUUCCCCAAGGAUGUGAACAUGCUUUGUGUAGGCGUUGAAGUGCUAUCGCAGGAAAUCAACAAGAUCGAAACAGAAGAGGAGAUAGACGAUGCUUACAUUGAGAAAAACGGAAAGUACAAAGAGACAUACACCAUUUUAGCAGACAUUCUGUCCAAACUCAGCAAAAAAGAAUUUGCAAACUCGCCCAGAGGAACAUUCUUCUGCUACAUUGGAAACAGCGCCCUUAAUCGACACCAAACAGCCGAUGCACUUCUAAAUAAGGCAAUUGAGCUAGACCCGUACAACAACACGCUUUUGAUACAGCUCGGGCAGUACAAGAUAAACUCAGGCGACUUGCUGGGAUUUGAUCUUUUUGAAAAAGCUGCCAAGCUAUCUUCUGAGGCAUCUCAUGAAAUAUACAAGAUGCUCUACACGUACAAAAGUAUCUAUGCUGUGCAAGAGUACUAUCCCCAUAUCUCGAUGCUUGCAGUAAAUAACUCACAAAACAGCUCGUCAUAG